AUGUUAUUAUUUGCAAUUCUCAGCGUAACUCUGGCAGCAUUUACAUUCGAUGAUGGCCAAUGCACAUGCAAUCAAUUAGUGGUUGAAACAGAAUGUAAAUUCAACACUCAAUGUACAUGGGAUGGAGUGGCUAAAACUUGUUCUAGAAAGUCAUGUGCUGAUUUGAAAGAUCAAUGUUCUUCAACUUAAGGCUGUGCGUUGGAUUCUAAUGGAAUUUGCAAAGACUUCACCAAGUGUGCUGAUUACAAAGUCUCUGGAUUAGGAUAAUGCUAAUCCAAAGAUAAAACAUGCACUGAAGAUUAGGCUACUUCAAGUGGAUACGCUUGCAAAACUGGUACUUAUGUGCCUGAAUGUCAAAAAAUUACUAUUAAGGCAGACUGCAAAGGAUAUCAAAGCUCAACACAAGUUUGCUUUUGGACAACAAAUCCAAUGACUAAAGCUUCAGAAUGUAUGCCUGUCAAAUACACUUCAUGUGAAGAUGGAUAAUCAGAUCCCAACCUAUGUACAUUAAACUCAUCCUGUAAAUACACAGUUGAAAAGAAAUGUGUCCCUAAGACUUGUGCCGAUGUUACAACAGAAUUUUAUUGCACUUCUAUUCCUUAAUGGAAUAAUUCCAAAUUGACAUUGUGUCAAUGGAAUGGAAAUUGUUAGGAUGCUUCAGGAGUUGAGGUCUUAACACAAGCUAAGUGCUACUCAAGUACAUUAAAAAACUAUCAUUGGGUUACUUCCACUAACAAAUGUACGUUAUGCGCUGCAUCGACUACAACACCUACAGGUACAAGCACUGGAACAUCUACAGGUACAACUACUGGAACAUCUACAGGCACAACCACUGGAACAUCUACUGGUACAACCACUGGAACAUCUACUGGAACAACAACAACUACAGGAACAGGAACAGGUUCAACCACUGGAACUACAACAACUACAGGAACAUCUACAGGAACUGGAACUGGAACAAGUACAACCACAACAACAGGAACCAAUACUGGAAGUAAUUAAUAUUAUAAUUAUAAUAGCCAAACCUAACGAUGCUUAUACCUAGAAUAAAUUUGCUUAGCUCAUUGUAGUUUCAUUAUUUAUGGCGUUUAUUCAAUGAUAACAUUAUUUUUAGAGAGAAAUAUCAUUAAAU